AUGUCUAGAGAAGCUGAUGUCCCGAACCAGGAUGGCGACAGUGAUCAUGCGAAAGCGCAACCAUGGAGCUCCUACGUAGGAGAGGUCUUCCUCAAUCGCAAGCCACCCUUGGUGCCCGCUAGCUUCCACAAGCUCGAGAGUGCUGCGCGCGAGGCGAUGGCGCAUUCACCAGAGGCAUUCGAGUACAUCUCUGCAGGCGCAGGGACGGGCUCGACCCUCGAGGCGAACCGCGAGGAGUUCAGGAAGUGGAGGAUCAUCCCUCAGGUGCUGAACGAUGUGAGGACUCGCAGUCUCGAGACGACGCUCUUCGGCGUGAAGUACCCUUCGCCGUUGAUCGUCGCGCCUAUGGGCCUGCAGUCAAUCGUUCACGCUGACGGAGAGUGUGCGACGGCUGAGGCUGCCGGGAAGGUCGGCGUGCCCUUCUGUAUGAGCACUGCGUCGAGCCGGUCGAUCGAGGCGAUCGCGAAGGCCAACGGAACAGGACCGCGUUGGUUCAUGCUAUACUGGGGAAAGGAAGAGGAGGUCACACUUUCGCUCCUCGCCCGCGCGAAACGGGGCGGGUUCACGGCCCUGGUGAUGAUGGUCGACGGGCUCAUGCACGGGUACCGCUCAUCCGACCUCGACACGGCCUACUUUCCCGUGGUGCACGCCGUGGGCAUGGAGGUCGGCCUGAGCGACCCGGCGUUCAUGGGGAAGCUCGGGCUGGAGCCAUUCCCAGAGGACGUGAGGCCUGCGUUCCCGUACGACCCGAGGGCUCAGGACGAGUUGGUUAGGAAGGGCGAUGCGGGUGCGGUGCGCCGGGCGCAGUGUGCGCUGUCAUUCUUGGAGAGGAUCAUAGAUACGGGGAAGACGUGGGAUGAUGUCGCUUUCCUGAGGCAGCAUUGGGAUGGCCCGAUCGUACUGAAGGGUAUUCUGUCCGUGAAGGACGCUGAGCGAGCAAUCGACUGCGGUGUUGAGGGCAUUGGCGUCUCAAACCAUGGGGGACGACAGAUAGACGGCGCCAUCCCUUCGCUACGUGCUCUGCGAAAGAUAGUUCAGAGCCCCAAAGUGAAGGCUGCACAGCCUGAGGAGAGCGGUCGCUUCACAGUCUUGAUGGACUCCGGCAUCCGGCGCAGCGGGAGCGACGUUUUCAAAGCGAUCGCCUCGGGAGCACAGGGUAUACUGUACGGACGCCCUGUGCUGUACUCGCUGGCAGUCGGUGGAGCCGCGGGCGUAGAGAGCCAGCUCAGAGACGUGCUCUCUGAGUUUGAUACGACGCUUGGGUUGAGUGGGUUCACGAAUGUAGAGGAUCUGCGCCGGCAUGGGGAUGAGAUUCUGGAGCGGGACCCUUGA